AUGACUAGCAACCGACUUGUUUCUACCCAAAAAUUUAAUCCCUUGACUAAUAAUUUAGAGUUGACUAAUUUAACAGAAGAUCAUGAUUUCAUGCAGGAGAUAUCGCUAUCUGGUUACGGUGAGAUGCUCUGGGACCAAGAAAGAAAUAUAUUGUACAACAAAGCAAUCAAAAAGUAUGUUGAGAGAUUGAUGUCGAUCAAAAAACCUACAGAGAAGAUCCGCGUAAUUGAUAUUGGAACUGGAACUGGACUCUUAUCCAUGAUGGUUUGUCGAGAAUUUGGUUCGAACUUAAAUAGAGUAGCGGUUACUGCCUUUGAAUGUUUCUCUCCAAUGGCCGAAUGUGCUGAAAAGGUGAUAAAAAGAAAUAACUUCGAUAAAACCAUCACAGUCAUCAAUUCGAGAUCUGAUGAAGUUGAUCCAUUUGACCCUGAUGAACGAGCAGAUCUUAUUGUUAGCGAGAUUUUUGACACUGAAUUAAUUGGUGAAGGAGCCUUGAGAGUGUUCAAAGUUGCUUUGACUGAGCAAUGCAAACUUAAUCCUCUCGUUAUUCCACACAAAGCUCGCAUUUGGGUUCAGUUAGUGAAAUCAUCAUGGUUGAACAACGGACAUUGUUUGGCUCCUAAAGGAAUUUUCAUUGAUGGAAAAAAAUUGAACAUAGAAAUACCUAAAUCUAUUAUCAACUGUUAUGGAUCCAACCAUUUGCAUGAUCUUCAAGCGAAUCAAUUAGAAGUGGGCAAAGAUAUUGAACUUAUUUCGGAUCCUAUGAUAGCCUUUGUCUUUGAUUUUUCUAAAUCAGACUCAUUGAAAUAUGACGAACAAAAAACGCUUAAGUUUAUUCUCAAGAAUUCUCUAAACUCUGAAUUUGUGAACAUUGUUUUCUGGUGGGAUUUAUUUAUGGAUGAUGAAUCUGAAUAUGUUUUAAGUUGUGCACCUUACUGGGCCCAUCCGGCUAAAGAUAUAAUUGGAACUAAAAAUAGGAUUCCUUGGAGAGACCAUUGGAUGCAAGCAAUUUACUAUUUACCAGCUUAUCAUGAACCAUUUAAAAUGAAUUCUAACGAAAUUUUCGAAUUGUAUUGUAACCAUGACGAAUUCAGCUUUUGGUUUGAUGUUGGUUCUAGAAAGCAAUCGGAUAGUUCAAAUUUUUGUUCUUGUGGUAUUCACAAUGAUUUGAGCCGCAAUCGAAUUAGAAUGAUGGCUGACGAAAGAGUUUUGUCAGUAAUUUAUCCUCCCGUUUUCAUCGAAAUUUUCGGCAAACGUGAUUUGAACAUAUUGUUUUUGGGCGAUGCUAGUCUCAUUCCAGUUUUGUUAGGAAAAGAUUUACAUGAAUCUGGCAAAGUUUAUGUAAUCAACAGAGGACAAAUGGUGAAUAAAAGAUUCUACGAAGAGUUUGGACGUACCAAUGAGAUAAUGGAUAGAUUGGUAAUUGCAGACGACAUUAGUGAUAUUGAGCAGAUACAGUUUGAUCUGAUCAUCGCCGAACCUUUCUUCAACUCAAUUAUUUUACCAUGGGAUGCUUUUCACUUUUGGUACCUGAUUGGGGAUAUGGCUGAAAGAGGAAUGGUAACAAUUAAAACGAAAAUAUAUCCAUCGAAAGGUCGAGUUGUUAUGUUACCUGUUGCUUUUGAUAAUUUGUGGAAAAUAAAAGCUGAAUUGCGAAAUGUAGAAGGAUUUGACUUGGCAGAUUUCGAUAGUUUAUUGGAAAAAGCCCGUGAACUUUGUGAUUCACCGAUAGAAUCAAAGUCGCUAUGGGAAUAUCCGUGCAAAGCUUUAUCCGACAAGCCAAUAACUCUUUUUGAUUUUGAUUUUAGAGAUGAGAGGGUAACAACACGUUCUAGAUAUAAUUUUAGAAAAAUUAUGCAAAUUGGGAAUUCCAAUGAGUAUAAUAAUAUAGGCCUAGCAUUUUGGACUGAGUACGAUUUCGGUGAUAAAAAAUUAUCAACUGGUCCAGUGGAAAAAAUUAUUUGUGAUCAAUAUAUCGAAUGGUGCAAAAAUUGGAAACAAGGAAUGGCCAUUCUUCAUUCUAGAUUCGCAGAUGAAGUGUUUAACAAAGAUGCGCUGAUAGAUCUGGAAAUUGAAUAUGAUUGUUCUUCAGGAGUUAUGAAUUUAAAAAGUCGUUUAAUUAAGGAAAGUGAAGAGACGGGAAGAGACAGUUUAUACAGUUGUAACAAAUUUUACUUGUAA